AUUGGAUUUUCUUGAUCGGAAGGUUUCAGGCUCUUGUUAUGGAAAUAAGGCAAUUUUCAAGAAAUAAAUAAGGUGAUUGGUUAAGAAUGGAAAGAAUCCUCACAUUUACGCAAGAAUCCCAGAGUUAGUGGCUGCUCAUAUGAGAAUUGAGAGUUGAAUAAAGAAUUGAGAAUUGAGAAUUGAGAAUUGAGAGUUGAGAGAGAUGGUUUGGAAGUGGUGGUGGAUGUUGACAGUGACGGCGAUUGGAGUGGUGGCAUGGGGCGUCCCUUCCGAGCAGCAGCGUCUGGUUACUCGUAUUGCGUUUGGAUCAUGUGCCAACCAAAGCGCUCCUCAGCCCAUCUGGAAUGCAAUAAUCUCAUUUGAUCCCCAAGUUUUCAUUUGGCUUGGUGAUAACAUUUAUGGAGACAUUAGGCGUCCUUUUAAACUAUUUGGAAAAGAAAGAACAAUUGGACCGUGGAAGAAUGCCCCAAGAUUUGUUCCUUCUACUGAGCAGGAAAUGAAGUCUAGAUAUGAGAAAGCCAAGUCUAACCCUGGUUAUUCUCGUCUUCAAGAGAAUACUAAGGUAAUUGGCACAUGGGAUGACCACGAUUAUGGAUUAAAUGAUGCAGGAAAAGAAUUUUCCGGGAAAAUAACUAAUCAAAGACUUCUCCUUGAUUUCUUGGAUGAGCCGGAAAAUAGUCCACGGCGCAAGCAAGACGGAGUUUAUGCAUCUUACACACUUGGCCCCAUGGGUAGACAAAUCAAGGUUAUACUAUUAGAUACUAGGUACCACCGAGACCCUUUACGUAGUGAUGGAACUAUUUUGGGACACUCACAGUGGGAAUGGUUAGAAAAAGAGCUGAAUGAUUCUCCAACAGCCGUUACAAUUAUUGGAUCUUCUAUACAGGUAAUAUCAAAUCUGUCAGCAACCACUGGGCCAUUGUUUUACAUGGAGUCUUGGGGACGUUUUCCAAAGGAGAGAGAUCGGCUAUUUAAAUUGAUAGCAGAUAGUAAGAGGGAUGGAGUGUUUUUCAUAAGUGGAGAUGUUCACUUUGGAGAAAUUACACGUUAUGAUUGUGCCACUGGAUAUCCAUUGUAUGAUGUUACUUCAAGUGGGAUAACCCAAGCAGUUGAGAAAGUAGUCCCACCACCGUUACAUUUCUUUGUGAGAUUUCUGGCAUGGUUAACUCCUAACACUAUGAGAGUUAUGGACCAAAACUGCAGAUACAGGUCGUGCACAUAUGGCAUGUCUAAUUUCGGAGCAGUUGAGAUAGACUGGGAUGCGACUCCUGUGACAUUGAAGAUUCAAGUCAGGGAUAUAAACGGAAAUCCUGUGACAGGUGUAACUACAUCGCUAUCGGAACUGCAAGCAAGAAAUUCCACCUCUUCAACCACCAAGAAAGCAAGAGAGCAUCACAGGCACUGCUCUCUUGAAAGCACUCUACCAUGGAUUGUUAGAUAUCGCCUGGCUAUUUUAGCUUACUGUGCUGUAGCGACUUUUGUCCUUGCUUUGAUAGGAGUAAUUUGGGCUAGUAUAUUAGCGUGCAGGAGAUGCGCCCGCAAAAGAAAGUGCGACUGACCUGCUCAAUGAUAGAUGGUGGUAGUUUUUUAGUUCACUGCAGUGAUGAUCAUCAGGGGAACCUAGUUUUGACUUUCUAGUGUGUAGAAUUUUGUUUUUGGAGGCAUAUAAAAUUUUAUUCACCUAAUAAUUAGUGGCUGGAGAUGUAAAAUUUCUGAUUAACAAAUAUAUGUUGUGAAACUUAUCUUUAUACUGUUCAUUGUUCAAGUUA